AUGGCGGAUUGGGGGCCGGUGCUAAUCGCGACGAUCCUGUUCGUCAUACUGACGCCAGGGCUGCUCUGCCAGAUCCCUGGAAACGGCAAGGUGAUCGGUCUCUGCAACUUCCAGACCAGUCCGGUUUCUAUUUUGGUCCACACCAUCAUCUUCUUUGGUCUCAUCACCAUCUUCCUCAUCGCCGUGGGAGUCCACAUCUACACUGGUUGA